AGCCGAGCUGGAGGCGCGGAGACAAAGAACGGCCGCGGAGCCGUGAGGCAGGCCACGGGACGGGGGCUCUCUCCAGCUCCGGGAGACCAUGGGACAGCGCCGGGAGCCCCCGCACCACCGCUGAGCGCGGGCACGGCCGGCACAGCAAGGGAUUCGCCGCGAGACUGGGAGCCGCCCGCCCCGGCGCCAUGUUCCCGGAGGAGCGCAAGGAGGGCAGCCCCCGCUUCGGGAAGCUCCACUUCCCCGUCGGCCUCUGGAUCAACUCGCCCAAGAAGCGCCUGGCCAAGAUGAGCCGCCGCUGGCCCAGCGUCGGCUCCGUCAAGUCCACCUCGUCGGACACGGCCAGCCGCAGCAGCGAGACGGUGGAGCUGCGGCCCCCCGGCAAGAGCAAGGCGGCGCGGCACAAGCGCCUCUCCAACCUCUUCCACCGCAGCGGCGGCGCCGGCGGCGGCACCGGCGUGGGGGCGGCCGGCGGCGGCGGCGGCGGGCGCUGGGCCAGCGAGAAGAAGCUGGCGGAGCUGGCGGCCCCGGUGCCCGAGGAGCUGGCGGAGCUCUGCGGGCCGCGCCAGCCGCCCGGCAUCCUCAAGAUCUUCGGCGGCGACAUCUCGCGCGGCGCCAACUACAAGAGCGUCCUGGCGACGCCGCGCUCCACCGCCCGGCAGCUGGUGCGCGAGGCGCUGGAGCGCUACGGGCUGGCGCCCGAGGAGGGGCCGCCCGACGACUACGUGCUGUGCGACGUGGUGGGCCGGGCGGCGGGGCCCGGCGGCGCCUGGCAGGCCGAGCACCUGCGGCCCGUGGGCGACGCCGAGCGGCCCCUGGUGCUGCAGGACGUCUGGCAGCCCAAGGCCGGCUGCUCGCGGCGCUUCGAGAUCCGCCGACGGCAGGAGGUGGAGCGCGCCUGCGAGGCCGAGGACGAGGAGCCCGCCGGCGCCGAGGCGCAGGGCCGGCGGCUGCAGAAGAGCCGCUCGCGGGCGGCCUCGGGGGGCCCGGCGCCGCCCAAGGAGCGCGCCGACAACCUCUCGCUGCGGCGCAGCAUCAGCGACAUGAACCUCAGCGCCAAGAAGCGGCGGGAGCGCAAGACGGUGCUGAGCGUGGCGGGGGGCGAGGCGGGGCCGCCCCCCACCGCCGCUCCCGCCGCCACCCCCGCUGCCGAGGAGCCGGCGGCCGAGCCCGGCGGCGGCGGCGCCGAGGAGCCGGCCGACGGCCUGGAGCAGCUCUCGCAGUGCCUCAUCCGGCCGCCCAGCCGCCACCCCUACUUCCUGCUGCUGCAGGGCUACGACCCCCAGGACUUCGUCGUCUACGUGAUGACGCGGCCGCGGCACGUCUUCGGGCGGCCCGAGCGCCGGGGGCCGCCCGAGAAGGGGGGCGGCGGCGGCGUGGACACCUUCCUCGACGCCCCCGACAUCCUGCCGCGGCACUGCCUGGUGCGGGCGGGCGAGCCGGCGCUGGUGCGGCCCUUCCGCGGCGCCGCCGUCACGCACAACGGGGCCCCGCUGCUGCGCCAGGCGCCCCUGGGCCCCGGCGACCUCCUGGGCCUGGGCCAGCACUUCCUGCUGGUGUACAAGGACCCGCGGGCCGGGCCGGCGCCGCCCCCCGCCUGGCUGCCCCGCGCCGGCCCCGCGCCGGGCCUGGCCGGCGCGCUGGGCUGCCCCGGCUGCGGGCGCUCGCCGCAGGAGCGCCACGAGGCCGUGCGCGCCUACGUGGAGAGCCGGCGGGCCGAGCUGCGCUUCCGGCCGCAGGAGGAGGAGGCGCUGCUGCGGGAGAUCCUGCGGCUGGCCGACGGCGGCGGCGGCGGCGGCGGCGCGGCGCUGGCGCCCGCCUUCCUGCUGGGGCUCUGCCUCGAGCACUCGGCCCGCGCCCUCGAGCCGGCCCACUUCCCCGCGCUGCUGGCCCGCGUCGCCCAGCUCGUCAAGGAGGCCGUCUGGGAGAAGAUCAAGGAGAUCGGGGAGCGGCAGCCGGAGACCGAGCCCGAGGCGGGGGCCGAGGCGCCGGGCGCGGCCGAGGUGGCGGCCGAGCUGCGGCCGCUGGUGCUGUGGCUGGCGAACGCCACGGAGCUGCUGAACCUGGCGCAGGGCCGCGUGCUGGAGCUGGAGCGGGAGCUCGAGCCGGAGCCCGAGGGCCCCGGCCCGGCGGCGGCGGCGGCGCUGCCCGGCGACCUGGAGGCCUGCGACGAGGCGCUGGCGGCGCUCGACGAGGUCAUCAUGUCGACCUUCCAGCAGUGCGUCUACUACCUGACCAAGACGCUGUACUCGGCGCUGCCGGCGCUGCUGGACAGCAACCCGUUCUCGGGGGCGGGCGAGCCGAGCGCGGCGCCGGACCUGGGCGCCAUGCCGCCGGCGCUGCGGCCCGCCCUCGCCCUCUACGGCGCCGCCCUGCAGCUCGGCCGCGACUGCCAGCUGCACCCGGCGCUCGUCUCGCAGACCUUCGGCUACCUCUUCUUCUUCUCCAACGCCUCCCUCUUCAACACGCUCAUGGAGCGAGGUGGGCGGCGCCCGGGCAGGGCGGGGGGCGCCGGGGCCCUCCGCGCGGCGGGGGGGGGCUGGGACCCCCCCCCCAGAGUGGGGCGCGACUGGGACCCCUCCCCAGAGUGGGGGGCGCCGGGGCCCUCCGCACAGCGGGGGGGGGGGCGCGACUGGGACCUCUGCACGGCAGGGGGGCGACUGGGACCCCCCCCCAGAGUGGGGGGCACCAGGCCCCUCCGCACGGCGGGGGGGGCAACUGGGACCCCCCCCAGAGCGGGGGCUGACGGAGCCCUCCGCACGGCGGGGGGGCGACUGGGGCACCCUGGACGUCUGGGCCCCCUCCUGCCACCGGACAGGACAGGGGGACACAGCAGGACGCCUGGGCCCCCUCCACCCGGACACCUGGGCCCCUCCUGCUGCAGGAUGGGGGGGCGGCACCCCGUAUGCCUGGGCCCCUCCUGCCACCGGACAGGACAGGGGGACACAGCAGGACGCCUGGGCCCCCUCCACCCGGACACCUGGGCCCCUCCUGCUGCAGGAUGGGGGGGGCGGCACCCCGGAUGCCUGGGCCCCUCCUGCCACAGGACAGGACAGGGGGACACAGCAGGACGCCUGGGCCCCCUCCGCCUGGACGCCUGGGCCCCUUCCUGCUGCAGCCCGCGGUGGGGGGGGCACCCCGGCCACCCGGGUCCCCCCACAGAGCGCGGCAACCUGGCGAGGGAGGGGUGGGGGGGUCCCGGACGCCUGGGCCCCAGCCCCGCCGGGCGCCCCCUCCCCACCCCGGCCCCCCCCCCCCCCAGCUUCCUCCCAUUGUCCGAGCCGGACGCGCGCAGGAAGCUGCUGGUUUCCUGCGGGAAGCGGCCGGAGUGUGGGGGGGGCAGGAUGGCAGGGGAGGGGGGCGGGGGGGGGAGGCGAGGGGGGGGCGCAGCCCCCCGCCCCGCUCACCCCCCCCCCCCGCCCCCCCAGGCUCCGCCGGCCCCUUCUUCCAGUGGUCGCGGGCCGUGCGGGUCCGCACGAACCUGGACCUGGUGCUGGACUGGCUGCAGGGCGUGGGGCUGGGCGACAUCGCCGCCGAGUUCUUCCGCAAGCUCUCGGCCACCGCCAACCUGCUCUGCACCCCCAAGAGCAGCCUCAGCAAGGCCACCUGGGCCCGGCUGCGCGGCGAGUACCCGGCGCUGACGCCGGCGCAGCUGCACCACGUGCUCAGCCACUACCAGCUGGGGCCGGGCCGCGGCCGCCCCGAGGGCUGGAGCCCCCCGGCCGAGGAGCG